AUGGCCCUGGGUCCCGAAGGCUUGGCGCUGGAGUCUGGUGAGGGGGCUGGUUGUGGCGUGCUUGCGGGGUGUGUAUUCCGGGUCAGGGCUCCCUGGCUGUGCGACCGGGCACUGCCCACCUCCGAACAGCAGCUUCCUGGUGCCUUAAAUGGGCACGUGGUUCUUCCGGCACCGGGCUGGCCGAUGCUGGCCGAGAACGCCUCAGGCGAGGCCUUCUUGGGCAGCUUUGUGGCCAGCGGGAUGGGGCCCUCAGCCUCGUCCCACGGGAGCCCCGUGCCCCUGCCCUCUGACCUCUCCUUCCGCUCCCCUACCCCCAACAACCUGCCUAUGGUGCAGCUGUGGGCCGCUCAUGCCCAUGAAGGCUUCUCCCAUCUGCCCAGCGGGCUGUACCCAUCCUACCUGCACCUGAACCACCUGGAGCCCCCCAGCAGCGGGAGCCCCCUCCUCAGCCAGCUGGGCCAGCCCAGCAUUUUCGAUACCCAGAAAGAUGCCUCUAGACGGCUCAGCCCUGCUCUCCUGGAUGCGCUGGAUGAAGCCCGCAAGGCACGGGCCGCCCCGGGACUCCUGCCGGUCCUCGCCCCACCCGUUGGCAUGCAGGCUAGCGGCCGAGGGUCUUUAUCCGGCUUAGGUGACUCAGAAACCCGCCUUCGAGGCACAGCAGUGGUGAAGCGGCACCCGCACUUGCCCGGGCGAGGACACGGUCGAGCUGAUGACGACUGUGGGGACGAAAGGGCCAGGCACCGGGAGGAGCGGCUGCUGGGGGCGCGGCUGGACCGAGACCAGGAGAAGCUGCUUAGAGAAAGUAAGGAGCUGGCCGACCUGGCUCGCUUGCACCCCACCAGCUGUGCUGCUAAUGGCCUGAACCCCAACCUCAUGGUGACUGGGGGCCCGUCGCUGGCAGGCUCGGGGCGCUGGUCCGCCGACCCCGCAGCCCACCUGGCCACUCCCCCCUGGUUGCCCCGCUCGGGCAGCGCGUCCAUGUGGCUCGCCGGACACCCCUACGGUUUGGGCCCCCCACCUCUGCACCAGGGCAUGGCACCUGCCUUCCCGCCUGGCCUGGGGGGCUCCCUGCCGUCGGCCUACCAGUUCGUCAGGGACCCCCAGUCAGGCCAGCUCGUGGUCAUUCCCAGCGAUCACCUGCCUCACUUUGGUGCAGAGCGGGGCCCGGUGGUGCGGCCCUCGCUGGAGAGCCUGCUGGCGGCCAGCAGCCACAUGCUGAAGGAGGUGCUGGACAGUCCCUUCGUGGACCCGCUCAAGAACCUGCGGCUUCCGCGGGAGCUGAACCCCAACAAGAAGUAUAGCUGGAUGCAGAAGAAGGAGGAGCGGAUGUAUGCCAUGAAGUCCUCCUUGGAAAGCAUGGAUGCCAUGGAGCUGGACUUCCGGAUGCGGCUGGCUGAGGUCCAGCGGCGGUACAAGGAGAAGCAGCGAGAGCUGGUGAAGCUGCAGAGACGCCGCGACUCCGAGGACAGGCGCGAGGAACCCCAUAGAAGCUUGGCACGCAGAGGCCCUGGCAGGCCGAGGAAACGGACCCACGCCCUGAGCACCCUGUCGCCCCCCCGCAAGAGAGGGAAGAGCCGCAACAGUAGCGGAAAGCUGAGCAGCAAGCCCCUGCUGACGUCGGAUGAAUACGAGCUUGGAGCAGGGAUGAGGAAGAGACACAAGGGACCUGAGGAGGAACACGAUGCCCUGGUUGGAACAGGGAAAGCUAGGGGCAGGAACCAGCCUUGGGACGAGCACGAAGCCUCGUCGGACUUCAUGAGUCAGCUAAAGAUUAAAAAGAAGAAGAUGGCCAGUGACCAGGAGCAGCUGGCAAGCAAGCUGGACAAGGCCCUCUCCCUCACGAAGCAGGACAAGUUGAAGUCGCCCUUCAAGUUCUCGGACAGUUCUGGAGGGAAGUCCAAAGCGAGCGGGGGCUGCGGCAGGUACUUGACGCCCUAUGACAGCCUGCUGGGCAAGGACCGGAAGGCGCUGGCCAAAGGCCUCAGCCUGUCUCUCAAAGCCUCCAGAGAAGGUAAACACAAAAGGGCCGCCAAAGCCAGGAAGAUGGAGGUGGGCUUCAAGGCCAGAGGCCAGCCCAAGUCGGCCCACUCCCCGUUCGCCUCGGAAGUGAGCAGCUACUCCUACAAUACGGACUCAGAGGAAGACGAAGGAUUCCUGAAGGACGAGUGGUCUGCCCAAGGCCCGUCCAGCUCCAAACUGACGUCCUCCAUCCUGUGUGGCAUGGUGGCAAAGAACGGCAAGCCGGCCGGGGGCCCCAAGCUGAGCGAGCGGGGCCUGGCGGCCGCCCGGACUCUCAAACCCAAGCCGGCUGCCGGCAGGAAGCAGCCCUUUUGUUUGCUGCUUCGAGAGGUCGAGGCCCGAUCCUCCUUCAGCGAUUCCUCGGAGGACUCGUUUGACCAAGACCCCAGCCUGAGUAGACCGGCCACCAUGGGAAACAGCCAGCGGGGGCUUGUCACGCUCCCGGCAGCCGGAGGCACGGAGUUUGAGUACACGGACUCGGAGAGUGAGGUCAAGGUGCGGAAGCGGUCGCCUGCCGGGCUGCUGCGGCCCAAGAAGGGACUGGGGGAGCCGGGCCCCUCCCUGGCCGCGCCCGCACCCAGCACCCGGGGCCCCGGCCCCGCCGGCCCCGACAAGGCCAAGCUGGCGGUGGAGAAAGGGCGCAAGGCCCGCAAGCUACGGGGCGCCAAGGAGCCUGGCUUCGAGGCGGGGCCUGAGGCCAGCGACGACGACCUGUGGACGAGGCGGCGCAGCGAGCGCAUCUUCCUGCACGACGCCUCGGCCGCGGCUCCGGCGCCCAGCAGCGCGGCGCCCGCGGCCACCAAGCCCAGCCGCUGCGGCAAGGGUGGCCCGCUGAGCCCUCGGAAGGACACCGGCCGCGCCAAGGACAGGAAGGACCCCAGAAAGAACCGGGGGAAGGGGGGAGCCGUGAGCAAGCUGAUGGAGAGCAUGGCUGCAGAGGAGGACUUUGAGCCCAAUCAGGACUCGAGCUUCUCUGAGGAUGAGCACCUGCCACGUGGUGGGGCUGCGGAGCGGCCACUGACUCCAGCCCCGCGCUCCUGCAUCAUCGACAAGGACGAGCUGAAAGACGGCUUGCGUGUGCUUAUCCCCAUGGAUGAUAAGCUGCUGUAUGCCGGGCACGUGCAGACGGUGCACUCGCCAGACAUAUACCGUGUGGUGGUGGAGGGCGAGCGUGGGAACCGGCCCCACAUCUACUGUCUGGAGCAGCUGCUGCAGGAGGCGAUCAAUGACGUGAGGCCGGCCUCCACGCGCUUCUUGCCACAAGGGACCAGGAUCGCAGCCUACUGGAGCCAGCAGUACCGCUGCCUCUACCCAGGCACCGUGGUCCGAGGCUUGCUAGGCCUCGAGGACGACGGGGACCUGAUCACAGUGGAGUUCGAUGACGGGGACACGGGGAGGAUCCCCCUCUCCCACAUCCGCCUUCUGCCUCCCGACUAUAAGAUCCAGUGUGCGGAGCCGUCCCCAGCCCUCCUGGUGCCAAGUGCCAAGCGCCGCAGCCGGAAGACCAGCAAAGACACCGGGGACGGCAAAGACGGGGGCACGCCAGGGUCCGAGGAGCCGGGCACCAAGGCACGAGGGCGUGGGCGGAAACCGAGCACCAAAGCCAAGAGUGACAGAGCCGCCGUCCUGGAAGAGGGGGGCCCGACAGAGGAGGUCCCCAGUACCCCGUUGGCCCUGGAGCCCAUCAGCACCCCAGGCUCCAAGAAGAGCCCCCCAGAACCCGCGGACAAGCGAGCCAAAGCCCCCAAGGCUCGCCCAGCAGCCCCGCAGGCCAGCCCCGCCCCGUCCACCUUCACCAGCUGCCCGGCUCCUGAGCCCUUUGGGGAGCUGCCGGCCCCCGCUGCGGUCCUGGCCCCCACCCCCCUCGUCGCCAUGCCCAUCGCCAUGCCCGGCCCCUGGUGGAGGAGGGCUGGGGCCCGGGUCCGUGGGUGA